AUGUCGUUCCACCCUCGAACUCCUCAGAGUCCUUCUCAAUUUUCUCCUGGCACCUCCGAUCCCGCGUCGAGCAUAAACAGCUCGGCCCCGUCAUCGACCACGACAUUGCCAACACCAGCCCACAGCGUCAACGGAAGCGCAUCGCAGCCAUCCGACAUGUCUCAGGACAUCAUCAUGGGCGAUGACUCGCCCCACAAGCGCAAGCGCCCGCUCGAAGAUCUUGGCGAUCGAGAGCAGAAGAAAGUCCACAUCGAGGAUAGCAAAACUGGUAUCGAGGCACUCCACCUGGAUGUCGGAGAGAAAUACCUACUUUGCCAAACUCCGCACCACGAGAGACUGCCGCGAAUCACCGAAGAUCUUUUUGAAAUGUUCAACCUUACCGGCAUCGCCGCAGAAGUAGCUCGCGAAAAGCCCAACGGUGAGAAGAAUGCUCUACGGAAGACCUACAAGGGUCAGAUCAAGAAACUGGGAAUCCUCGGGCGCUUCGACUCUGUCGCUCAGGAAUGGGAUGCUCCCAGAGAAGACGGCGACAAGAAGAGAGAAGCGUACCACGGCUUUAGGGAAUUGUUGGAAAUCCCGGAUGCAGAGUUCUGGAACUCUCGGCAAGAUCCGAUCACCAACGGCCUGUCUGGCACCGUGAAAUCGCUGCUGGGCAGAGCGACGACCAUGGCCAAGGGCCCCAUUCCGGUCAAGGACUGGGACAGUUCAGUGCUGGGAGAUCUCGCCACAGGCAGCGUAGAGGCCCUGAGGCAAGGUCUCGCAGGCAAGGCAACGGCGCCCGGAACGCCCUCCGCGACCACGCCGAACCCGUUCGCGCGCAAGCAGCAGCAGACAGCUCCAGGUGCAGUACGUCCGCAACGGACCAAGAAGCGAGGCUAUGGCGACAACAGCUUUGAGGGUUACGGAGAGGGCUUCCCCGACGACGGCUACUCUACGGGAGAUGGCGACGACAGGGGAGGCCAGAAGCGUCGCAAGAAGGAUAGCGGUAACGGGCAGGCGUUCCCGAACACGAUGCGUCCGCAAGGCUACGGUUCGAGCGCCGUGGGCGCAUAG